AUGAUUGCAAAUCCGGCCAACUCUGUCCGUGCGGAAGAAGACUUCCGUCAAUAUGUCAAAGAGCUUGAAGACGAAAACGACCUCCUUCCAAUUACCAAAGAGGUUGAUCCUCACCUGGAGCUUGCCGCAAUCACGCGCAAAGUCUAUGAGACAGAAGAAAAAGCCCCGCUUUACGAAAACAUCAAAGGUCGUAAAGAAAGCGGCCUUUUCCGCGUCCUCGGAGCACCUGUGGGCUUAAGUCGGCAACCUGGACGAAGAUUUGGGCGAAUUGCAAAGUCCCUGGGACUGCCUUCCACCGCAACCGGUGAAGAAAUCGUGAAUAGAAUCAAUGAGUGCAAAAGAAAGCCGCCAGUGCCGCCGAUCGAAGUCCCGCCAGAUCGAGCUCCCGUCAAACAGUAUAAACUGUUUGGCGAUGAGAUCGACCUAACUGCCCUGCCGGUGCCCCUUCACCAUGAUGCCGACGGGGGCAAGUAUCUGCAGACAUUUGGCAUGCAUAUUGUGAAAACCCCCGAUGGGCGUUGGGUGAACUGGUCGAUCACGAGAGGAAUGGUUCACGAUAAACGUGCGCUUGUUGGGCCCGUGAUUCCAAAGCAGGAUAUCGGCGUUAUAUGGCAGAUGUGGAAAGAGAAGGGCCGAGAUAUGCCGUGGGCACUCUGCUUCGGUGUGCCUCCUGCUGCGAUCAUGGCCAGCGGUAUGCCGAUUCCCAAGUGGACGGACGAAGCUGGUUUCCGCUACAUCAAAGGUGUCGUAUCUGUUACCGAGGUUGGCCCCGAAGGCCCAAUGGCUGAAUAUCAUGGCAUGGUCUUUCCGGGAGAAACUCAGAACAAACCACUUUUCAAGGUAAAUGCCAUUACUUACCGGCAUGACCCGAUCCUACCGCUUUGUGUCGCGGGAAGAGCUGCCGAAGAGAACCACACUGUGUGGGGCAUCAUGCAAGCCGCUGAGGUCUUGAACGUUUGUCAGGCUGCAGGACUGCCGAUAAAGAUGGCUUGGUGCCCCUUUGAAUCACAUUGUCUGUGGUUUGUCCUCCAGGUAGACCGCCAGAAGCUGAGAGCUUUGAGUACAAGCAUCUCGGGGUUUAGCAAAAAGGUCGGCCACACGGUUUUCAGUUCAAAGCCAGGGUGGUAUAUACCGAAGCUGUACCUCGUUGGUGAAGACAUCGACCCUACGGACCUGGGAGACGUUGUCUGGGCUGAAGCUACACGCUGCCAACCGUCUGCAAACGAGUUCUUCUUUGAAGAAUAUGGAAACAUCCCCCUGAUCCCGUACGUCGGACAUGGCCUUCAGCCUGGGCAUGGCAAUCACCCCAAGGUCGUGCGCUGCUGUAUGUUUCCUUGUGAGUUUGUGGAUGAGGAUUUAUACUGGAAAGAAGGGUCCUUUCGAGGGUCGUACCCUCCUGAUAUUCGGGACAAGGUUACGCGCAACUGGAAGGCAUACGGGUUCGAUACAGAUAACUCCUAG